UGAAGUUCUAGCACAGGACUACAAGCGGAAUCCUGUUGUCCUGUUCCCCUGUUGCCUGCUCCUGUUCUCUCCCUAUGUGCAAAGUGAAUACGUUUUAAUAGUGGUGUUCCAAGCUUUGUCGUUGUUUGUUAAAUCUUACCAAACGACAAUUCUUUUAACAAACUCACCUAGACCCAACGGACAUCCAGGAGUGUCAUUAGUAGAUUAACCAUAUACUUAACAGACGUCCUAAAAGUUUGACCAAAACACCAGCCUUGAAGAUUCCGUUUUAAUAAAUAGGAAAAUAGGUUUUAAUAAAUCAAAAUGGCCAAUGAAGAACAACCCAAGGAAAUAAUAACCAUUACCGAUUCUGCGAAGAUUGAUGAAGAUAUGUCGGGUUUUUACCAGAAGACGACAUUUUCUGAUGUAAAUUUAGUCUUGGCUAACAAGACCAUCCCCGCACAUAAAAUAGUUCUUGCGUCCAGGUGCAAAUAUUUUAAAUCAAUCAUAACAGAAGAUCCCAAACAAUCGGAGAUCUUUUUAAAGGACGUACCUCCAAAAGCUUUCGAUGUCGUACUGAAUUACAUUUAUACAGGAUCUAUUUUUAUAAAGUCAUCACAAGAAGACGAAAUAGUGGACGUAUUGCAGCUAGCACAUAAAUACUCACUUAAAAAACUGGAAAAAACAAUAACCGUUAAAAUGACUUCGAUUAUAAAUAUGUCGAACGUUUGUUUGCUUUUAAAUAAGGCCGAUGAGCUCGACAUGGAGGAAUUAAGGAAAAUUUGUCUUGAUUUUAUAGAUAAACAUUUUCCGGAAAUAAUUGACACUAAUUUUUUGAAUGUUUUAACGCAAAAUUCUAUGGUUAAAUUGCUGGAGAGAGAUGUGGUUCCUGCCAACGAAAUCGAUAUUUUUAAACUAGCAGCAAAUUGGUGUAAAAAUAAUGUAGAUACGGACAACUUAGUUAUCGGAUGUGUUCGUUUAAAUGAGUUAACCGAAGACCAUAUUUUGGAUUUAGUUUGGCCAUCUAAGUUAAUAGAAAGCGAUGUAUUAAUGCAUUCUCUUGUGAGUAUCAGAAAUAAGAUACCGAACGAGCAACGUACGAAUAAAACAAAUAAAUAAAUGGAACCUCUAAAAA